AUCUGCAUCUCUGUUUUCCCAUCAACAAUGAAAGACAAGUCUGCAAGCGAAAUCGAUAUCCAAGCGAAAGUGUCCCACUCUAGCCUCGACUCGGCUUCCAACAAUCUCGGAGUCCACCAGAUCACCUCCAAUAAUGGAGAAAUCAUCAAUAUCACCGAUAAGUACGUCGACAAGAAGCUCGAACGCAAAGUCAGAUUGAAGUUAGACCUCCACACCUUACCGUUGAUCUGUAUUUUGUACCUUUUCAAUGCCUUGAACAAGGGAAAUAUCUCCAAUGCUAAAACCAACACCAUUGAAGCUGACUUGGAUAUUACCGGAGACCAGUGGAAUUUGAUGCUCUCAAUCUUCUACAUCCCGUUUGUGUUGUUUGCCUUCCCACUCUCGUUGGUUAUCAAGCGGUUUAACGCCGCCAGAGUGUUGCCAGUUUUGGCAUUUACGUUUGGAUCCAUCAACUUGUUGUUGGUGAGUGCGUUCAACUUUCUGGGAUUGAUGGCAGGCCGGUUCUUCUUGGGGCUCUGUGAGCUGGCGGUUUUGCCCGGAAUCAUCUUCUACUUGUCGACCUUCUACAGACGGCAUGAGUUGGCGUCUCGGUUGUCUAUCAUCUACUCAUUUUCGUCAAUUGCCAAUGCCUUUAGUGGGUUAUUGGCUUUUGGAGUUUUCCAGAUCGAACACCUGGUUUUGCACGGGUGGCAGAUCUUAUUCUUGUUGGAAGGACUGUUGACCAUCGUCGUGGCCGUAUGUGCGUUCCUUUUCUUGCCCAGAGACAUCCAAUCGGCAGGCUUUUUGACUGAAGAAGAGAAACAAUAUGCCCAGUACCGGGUAGAAACCGACUCAUCGGCGGCUCAGGGAGGCACAUUCGAGUUCCGGGAUGCCAUCAAGGUGUUCCGCAGUCCCGUGACGUUUGCCUGGCUCUUUGAGGAAUUAUGUAUUGGGGUUCCAUUGAACUCCAUCAACAAUUGGUUCCCCCAAAUCAUCCAGGCCAUGGGUAAAUCUACCGUCCAGACAAACUUGUACACGGUGGCACCCAACAUCUGGGGAGCGGUCAUUUUGUUGGUGUUUGCGUUCAGUUCGGACCACUACCGAGUUCGUUCUGCGUUUUUGGUGGUGGCCAUCGCCGCAACCUUGAUUGGGUUUGUGGUUUAUGGAGCCAUUGACAUCACCAAAGAUAUCGGCGUGGGAUACUUUGCCUGUUUCUUGAUGACCACCGGGGCCAGUGCCUCGUCGGUUUUGACUUCCACCUGGUAUAACAACAAUACUCCUAAUGAGAAUAGGAGAGUGGUGAUUUCGGCCGUGGGAAUUCCAUUGGCAAAUGCUGCUGGGUUAAUUUCCACCAAUAUUUUCCGUCCUAAGGAUGCUCCUAAGUAUCUUCCAGCUCUUGGUAUCACCGCGGGUUUUGGAGGAUUGGCCAUUGUGGUGGUGGUGGGAAUCACUACCUUUAUGGUGUUUGACAACAGGAGGAGAGACAAGAAGCAGGGCGUGACUUUAAAGUACAAUGACGUUCCAACGGCCGACUUGCGUGAAGGGCCUUCCAACCCCAAUUUCCGGUGGAUGUUCUAGGUGUUAGGUUGGUGUUUAGGAGUGUAUUUGUGUAUAUGAAUGGAUUAAUCAAGAACGAGGAGUUCCUCUUGCCUCUCUUUC